CGAAAACGUGAACGCCGUCACCACUCGAUUGAUAGAGAGAACAGGAAGUAGUUCAUAGCAGCGACCGGAAGUGCUGUGCGAAGACAGGAACAACAAAGAGGAGAACGCGCCCGUGUUUUAAACCUUUACUUGAGCACGCACCUGAGUACAAAAAUCGAGGAAAUUAGCUGUCGUUGACAGUAGUGCAAAAUAAGUCGGUUUGCAUGUGAGGACAAGUGUGUCUGCAGAGCCAACCAUGGCGAACCAUGUAGAAGAUAUAGAAAACAAUAUGGACGAGCAGGAGCCCAAUGUGGCCUCUGAACCCAGCCAGCAGCCACAGGAGGCCGCGGGGACCAGAGUCCGCUCCAGAGGAGUCUCAGGAGCUGCAGGAGGAGCUGCAGGAGGAGGAGGAGGAGAUGAUGAUUUAGGAGGAGGCAAUGGUGGCAGCCCGGAGCAGAACGGACAGCUCCGCGCUGCCCGGCCUCCGCGAGUGGUGGAGACGGACGAGGACGAGGACGAAGAGUUGACCUUGAAAUACGGGGCGAAGCACGUCAUCAUGCUGUUCGUUCCCGUGACCCUGUGCAUGGUGGUUGUCGUGGCAACCAUAAAGUCCGUCAGCUUCUUUACCCAGAAGGACGGCCAGAGAUUGAUCUACACCCCGUUCUCCGAGGACACGGACACAGUGGGACAGAGAGCCGUCAACUCCAUCCUGAACGCCUCCAUCAUGAUCACCGUGAUCAUCGUCAUGACUCUGGUGCUGGUGCUGUUGUACAAGUACCGCUUCUACAAGGUCAUCCAAGGCUGGCUCUUCCUCGCCUCUCUCCUCAUGCUGUUCAGCUUCUCCUUCAUCUACCUCAAAGAGGUUUUCAAGACCUACAACUUGGCCACGGACUACUUCACCGUGGCCAUAAUAAUUUGGAACUUCGGAGUGGUGGGCAUGUUGUGCAUCCACUGGACCGGGCCGCUGCGGCUCCAGCAGGCCUACCUCAUCAUGAUCAGCGCCCUCAUGGCCCUGGUUUUCGUCAAGUACCUGCCGGAGUGGACCGGCUGGCUCAUAUUAGGCGCCAUAUCCGUCUACGAUCUGUUGGCGGUGCUCUGCCCCAAAGGGCCCCUGAGGAUCCUGGUGGAGACGGCCCAGGAGAGGAACGAGCCCAUCUUCCCCGCUCUCAUCUACUCGUCUACGAUGGUGUGGCUCGUCAACAUGGCCGACACCGAGUGGCCGCCGAAGAGGAACUCCACGGACGCUGCGCCGCCUCAACAAGAAGCUCCAGAUGCCGCGGGGUCCCCGCCCCCCUCCAGCCCCUCGGGCGAUGACGGAGGCUUCAGCUCCUCGUGGGUGGACCAGCAGCAGCACCAGCUGGGGCCGCUCCAGUCCACCGACCAGACCCGGCGGGAGGUCCAGGAGCUGCCCUCCGCCCGCCCCCCCGUCGACGACGACGACGAGGAGGAGAGGGGCGUCAAGCUGGGCCUCGGGGACUUCAUCUUCUACAGCAUGCUGGUGGGAAAGGCCUCGGCCACGGCCAGCGGCGACUGGAACACCACGCUCGCCUGCUUCGUGGCCAUCCUCAUCGGCCUGUGUCUGACCCUGCUCCUCCUCGCCAUCUUCAAGAAAGCGCUCCCCGCUCUGCCCAUCUCCAUUUUCUUCGGCCUGGUGUUCUACUUCGCCACAGACAACUUGGUGCAGCCCUUCAUGGACCGGCUGGCGCUACACCAGUUCUACAUUUAGCAGGACGCCGACCCCCCCCCCCCCUUUACCCACAAAGCCCUCCGGCCAACGACGCCACGGCGGCGCCCCCCUCAAUGCU